UGGUCUCGGGAUGGACUAAUCAACCCUGCAGUCAUCUUUCUUUUUGAGUAUCUCAUUACCAUCGACUGCGAAGUUCGCCUUGCCUGGAGCCGCAAACUGUCGUGGGCCAGGCUCAUUUUCCUGCUCAAUCGAUAUAUCGCUCUUUUCCUCUAUUUUUUAUCCUUGAUUCCUCUGCUUCCAACCGGAAAUCUUUUUGUGAGCAGCACCCUCUCCUUACUCUACCCGUCGCUGACAUGA